AUGGCUUGGCGGCUGUACAGCAGUCCACGAAGCUCAAUCAAGUACCGGAACUACUUUGACUUAACCAUGAUGGGUAUUCAUUGGGCGAUCUUAUUAACCUUUGCGACUCCAUGGACCAUACUAUUCGGAAUUUGGGUUGGUGGAACGUAUCUUUUUGGACACUUUGCCCUUUCCCAUAGUCGUCUUCCCGUCGCCAAGAAGCAAACGCACUGGGUCGAGUAUGCCUUUCGACACACGGCGAAUAUCAAGUCGUCCCUGUGGAUUGAUUGGUGGAUGGGUUAUGUCAACUUUGAAGUCGUGCAUCACCUCUUCCCAACCGUUCCGCCGUUCCGUUCGUACUUAGUCAGGGAGAAAGUUAUGGCUUUGGCGGCCAAGUAUGAUCUGACGUACAAUGAGUUUUCCUAUGGGGAAGCGUGGGCACAAAAUUUAAGGAAUUUGGAUGAAGUGGCUAAACAUUUUAAGAUGUAG